CCCUCAUAAUUUCGUUCCAAACCUUGGGAUUAUGGGAUACUGAGGCCAAUAUCUCCAAUAUAUGAAAUGACCUCUGAGGAAUUCCAGGUAAUACCGUAGGUCUCGUUGAUUCCACGUCUCGUCUCAAAACACUCGGUGUUUCCGCGUCUCACUUGGGAAAGAUUUGGGACUGCUCUCAAAGGCUUCAUACCUCCAAAACGUUUCUCAAGUUCGCAAGGAGUUUCUAUUACACAUUUUCUACCGGUCUUCACUUUUUCCGUUCUCGGCGCCUCAUAAUUAUCUCUCCUCCACCACGCUUAUCACAUUUAUUCUUUCCGAUCUCGUGCAAUACAGGUUACACACGAGACGUCAUCUUCGCGGUCUUAAUCAAUUAUAAGACUCUCUUCUUGCCUUUCUUCAAUCCAUCUCUCAGCUUUCGAUAUUAUUGAAGCUGAUCAGCCCGACACUUCUUCCAUCUGCCGGUACGCCUCGUUGUAGGCCCCCAGCCGAGAAAGCUCAACCACCGAAGCCAACCUUCACGAUUACAGCAAAAUGAAGCCAUCCAUAAUUAUACUAUGGGUUCUACUACUGGGCGAAGGUUGUACAGCAUCAAUUUGGCGAAGGUAUAUCGAUGAAGAUGACAUUGGCCAGAAGCCGGUCAUUGGUGGCGAUGAGGAUAUUGACUUUGACCUCACAUUACCAAAACGGCAACAACCUCCCGACUCCGCAAUUAUAAACAAGGCGUUAAAGGCGAUUGAAGACUUGAAUCGGAAACAAUUCUGCCAUCGCUUCGCAGCCAGCAUGCUGUUGGAUAACUGCCGAACUCCACAAAGCCCCACAGACCCCAUCACCACAAACAAAGCCACUGAAGACGAACGUCGUGAAGACUACUUGAAGGUCUUUGCCGUGAGUCUCACAGUAUGCGACAUUGAAGCCCUUCAGCGGCCAGUUCCCCAACAAUGUUCACCAUACACACAAUCUACUCUUAUGGGUAUAAAGAACAGCCGUGGCAGCCAGUCCAUCAUUAUCAAUCACUCUGAAAUGAGCGGCUGUCUGAAGGCAAUUGGCGCUGACCAAUCUGCGGUUGUAUCAUGGAAGUUCAACCAGCAGUCGACGGCGGUCGUGUGUCAAGUGGCACGUAUGGAUAUCGAAAAAGAUGAAAUAAUUGCACUGUUCUCGACUCUUACCCGGUUGAUGGCCGACGUCGUAGAUGAAGUUCAGAAACUCUCCGAAAUUAAUCGCGACAUCCGGCAAGAGGCAGAAGACGCAAGAUCUUCCGUUCGCACGAUAAAAACAUCAGUGGAUAAGCUCAAAGUUGGUCUCUCUGAUGUCUGGGACGGUGUUUCCGCAGAGGCAACAAAAGCAAGCAAUAAUGUGAAGGGAAUCUUUAACGGCAUGUCAACUUAUGCUGCCGACGUUGAACAAAUGCUCAAUAGACUCCGGAAGGGCUCGUUAGAAAACCAUGCUGAGCAGGCUGCUUUACAACAACGGGCUCUUGAUAUCACAAUGGACAUCGCCAGCGAGGCGCAGGCAGCAAAUAAGGACAUGGAAGCGCUCAAGGCUAUGAUGGUCACUCUCUACAACAACAUGGCCACCGUUGGAAAUGGCCUGGUGGCAAUUCAAGACCGCCAGAAUCAAGUGGACAAGCAAUCCUCGCAGGUCCUCUCGGCCAUGAUGAAUAUGACGGAGCAGCUGCAGAUGGCGGCGAAGAUGGGGGAUGAGCACGAAGUAUUAUUAGUACGAGCAAUCACUGCGGUUUCGAAUCUGGCGGACAUAGUCGAUAAGAGUACGACUACGGCGUCUACUUGGCAGACUCGGAUGUUCGGGUCAAGAGGCCCCUGCGGUAUUGACUGGACACUACUCAUUACGACGCCACCUACAGUCCUUGUUCUGGGAUCAUAUGGUCUUGCGCCGUCUCUCCCUCGGAAUACACUGCUUCUGCUAAUAGGGGGUGUCUUAGCCAAACUACUUACAAUGAGCUAUGACAACAAUCAGAACUGGCCGAGGCCGUCUGACGGGGCCGACGGGGCCGGCGCACCCAGCACUCCCUCACCGACUCAUUCAUUCGGGGGGGUUCACACCACUCCCAUUGAGCUGGUUCGGAAGGCGACCAUCUGAAAUCAGAUAAUCUUAAUUAUGAGGGCUGCAAGACCAUACAAAUCUCACCGUGUCGACACCAAACAUUUUUAUCUCAGUCAGCAGCCUCUUUGCGCACUCUCCUCACUCCACGGAGGAGGGACAUUAUUUCGAGAUUUCACAGCACCUCCAUUUUCCGGAAGGAUGCGACUUCUUUUCAUUAUACCCCUUUUAUUUUGCUCCUUCAUAUUUUCUUUUUUUGCCAAAUCAGCGAUCCAGCGAUUCCAUGAGCCUCAAUUUUAUAUACACUACAUUACAUUACCUUUUUUUGCUAUGGAGCCUACGAGCUACGAUCACACGAAUUACACGACAUUUCAUAUACACACUCGUUACAGUCGCUUAAAGUUUGCGGGGAAGACAUGAUUUCAAAGAGCAAUGGGCUGGUACUGGCAGGAACAGGAACAGAUGGACUGGCGAUUUUGGUAGGGUUAGGGUCGGGAGUUGGUUGGCUGAUUCAAAAGGUGGUAAUGGGUUGGGCACUACGUUAACAAAUAUUAUACACAUUCUCAUUC